CUCAGCCCUUCUGGCACGGACUUUUCCUCUGCCACGAGAGCUUCUCCAGCAACAACUGCUAAACCUGCAGUUACCUCUUGGAUGAGACAAAUUCCUCAACCCCCUUUUUUGCCAGUUCCUGGAAGAAUCUGCACCGCAGACAGAGAGCUUGGAAGAAUCAUCUGAAGAAAAUUGCUCCCCAAAAGGAAGACGCAGAGCAUUAGAAAACCCAAGUAUUCAGCUUGGCCUCUGACCACCUCUAACAAACAUAGACCUGCCCGAUAGCAGUCAGGGCUGCAGCGACUGCUCCCUGCCUGGCUCUAUGGAGGAGCAGGAAGACAACUUCGUGCUUUCCCUCAGAACCAACACCAGCAAGUGCAGCCUUGAGACUAACCAAACAGGUGCCCCAACAUGCUGGUCAGGAGCAACUAGGGGUGGCCCGGAGGUGGUGAUUGUACCAGUGCUUUUUGGGUUGAUUUUCCUCCUAGGAAUGGUGGGAAACACAUUGGUGUUGGUUGUUUUGGGGCGACUCCGGCCUGGGGGACGCCCAUCACGCAGCGCUACCAACAUCUUCAUCCUGAACCUGAGCAUUGCAGAUUUCUCCUUUCUGCUCUUCUGCGUUCCCUUCCAGGCCACCAUCUACUCCCUGCCAGAGUGGAUCUUUGGUGCCUUCUUUUGCAAAUGGGUUCACUACUUGGCCAUGGCAACAAUGCUGGUCAGCAUCUUCACUCUGGUGGCUAUGUCUGUGGACAGAUACAUUGCUGUGGUCCAUGCCAAGCGUUCACUCUGCAUCCGCAGCAAGCGCAAUGCUGCCCUCGGUGUGGGUGUCAUUUGGCUGCUGUCUCUACUCAUUGCCAUCCCUGUGGCUCAGCAUCAGGCCCUCUUGAGUGGUCAUCAGCAAGCACCCAACAGCUCCUUCUGCUGGGAGCACUGGGCAGAUGGUUCAACAGCCAAGCAGAUGUACAAGAUUACCAUCCUGCUGGUGGGAUACCUCCUGCCCCUGGUGCUCAUCAGCUGCUGCUAUGCCAAGGUUUUAUAUCAUCUCCAUACUAAAGUAAAGAACAUUUCCAAGAAGUCAGAGAGAUCAAAGAAGAAGACAGCGCAGACGGUGCUUCUCGUGGUCACCGUGUUCCUGCUCUCCUGGCUGCCACACCACAUCAUCACGAUGUGGGCAGAGUUUGGGCAGUUUCCCCUGAACAACAUCUCCUUCACCUUCCGCAUCAUCUCUCACUGCUUAGCCUAUGGGAACUCUUGUAUCAACCCCAUCAUUUAUGCUUUCCUCUCGGAAAACUUCCGCAAGGCCUGCCGGCAAGUCUUCACCUGCAAGUUCUUCCCACGGUCUGUUCCCACUGAGAUGCUGGCCAGAAUACGCAUGGAGAACUUCUCUACCACACAUUCGACCACCAACAUAUAA